AUGAUUGGUUUGAGUGGCACGGGGGAUUGGGUUGCAGCGAGUGCAACUGCAAGGUACAUCACCUUCUGGAGACGUUACAGGACUGUGUGGGCAAAAGUGUUGCGCUUUUUGCCUCCAUCAACACAUGGAACAUGUGAUUCCUGCGUUGACUUCAAGCAGAGGUUCAGGAAAGCUGUGGACGCUCAAUCCAAAUAUGAGACUGCGCGCGAGUACAAAUGUCACCUUGACUUGGUUGCCGCAGACCGCCAGUUGGAAGAGUUUCUUCACGCUCAAAGCCCCCUUGAGGAUGAGACUGCGCCGUUGGCUGUGACCUGGGCACAUGGCAGCCAACAAAUGUUUAACCCGUGUGGCGCCAGGAAACUCAGAGGCAUCUUGGAACGCAUCAACAUCCGCAAAUGGAUUGGGGAAAAGGCGCAAGUGAAGGUGCAGUUGCUUACUAGCUGUCGUGACUGGACAGGUUGGUUGAACGCUUCUCUGCCAGUGACCUUCCAGGGCGGCAUGAAGUCAGACGAGACUGGAUUUCAUGCUUUCAUGUUCAUGAAGAGAAAAGCCCUACCUCGGAAUGUGGCGAUAUCCUAUGACCAGAGGAAUGGAGUGAUCCUACCUCAUGACCUGGAUGUGGUUUGCUUGGUGAAACGGAAUGCUGCCGAUCACACUUUGGCGCAAGAAGCAGUGCUGGCCAUGCCCUACAACUUUGCAGUUCCCAUCCUCAAUGCUGCCCCAACUGUGGCCCGGCCUCUCAGACCAGUGGAGCAGGCAAAGGCCAAGAAGUACCUGGAGCUGUGCAGGCUCUUGCUUCGGAGGUUUCCUUCCGACACCAUGGGGAGGGCAGUUGAAUUUUUAUUGAGCCUGGUGGAAAACCCAAUUCCAGGACCGUUGCCCCCAAUGCCAUGGUUUACCACAGCCACCCCUCCUGAUAAUAUUCAGGUGGCUGUGCCACGAGUUGCUCGUAGGUUGAUGCCUACUAUGAGAUUCGAAGUCCGUUUUGCUCGGCGAGGGUAA